CCUUUCCGCUACCGAAAUGGGUUGCGCACGUUAGCCGUAGAUUCUGUAAAUUAAUUUCCCUUUUGAAUUAAAAUUUCUCGCCUCAAUAAACUUUCACAUAUUUUAAUUGUCUUUAUAUUUCCUUGGACGGCUUUAACAUCCGAACCACUAAAGCAGCGAAUCAAAGAAACGUGUACGUAUAUUCAUGUGCGCCCGUGUCUUUUGGGUCCCUGUAAUUGUCGCACUUAUUGGAUAUGUAGUUUUUAAUAAAGAUCUAGUUGAAUAGGUGAAACCACGUUGCAACGCGAAUUAAGCUACUGUUAAAACUACAAGUACCAUGAUGCAGCUGAUCACCUCCCUUGAGGAAGUUCGGUGAAUGUGAAAGCCAACGUGACUUUGCUUGGACUGAGGAAGGGGUUUUUAGGGGAAACAGACAUGUCUCACUUUACAAAGAAAAGGAAGUUGGACAAAAGUGUUCAGGAUAACUUAUAUUUCGAUAGUUAUGCUGAUGUAACCAUUCACGAAGAAAUGAUUGCAGACAAUGUUCGCACUAAUACAUACAGAAUGGGAAUAUUGAGGAACAGUAAUGCCAUCCAGGGCAAAGUCGUUUUGGAUGUUGGUGCAGGAACCGGCGUCCUCAGUAUAUUUUGUGUUCAAGCUGGAGCCAAAAAGGUCUACGCGGUCGAGGCAAGUUCAAUCGCUGAUCAAGCGACAGAGAUCGUGAAACUGAAUAACAUGGAAGAUAGGAUCGAUGUCAUUAAAGGUACGUUAGAGACAAUCGAUCUGCCGGAGCCUGUGGAUGUGAUAGUCAGUGAAUGGAUGGGGUAUGCUUUGCUCCAUGAAUCCAUGCUAAACUCUGUGCUUUUUGCGCGUGACAAAUGGUUAAAACCUGGGGGCCUCAUUUUACCCUCCAAAGCAGAUCUUUAUAUUGCACCUAUAAACGAUUUGGUGGUGGAGGACCGGUUACAUUUCUGGAGUACAGUGAAAGACCAGUAUGGUGUAGACAUGUCUUGUAUGUCUGACUUCGCAAGAAAAUGUAUCAUGAACAACGAUAUCACUGUGAACUUGGUGACCGUAGAGGACGUACUCUCUCACCCAUCUAAAUUUGCCGAGUUAGAUUUGCACACGGUGACGGAAGAACAACUGAAACGUGUGCAAGGUAACUUUGGAUGUGAGUGCUUCGGUUCCUCCAGUGUCAAUGCCUUCUGUGUGUGGUUUACCGUAAGUUUUCCGGGAGAAGAAAAACCCCUAGUCCUAUCAACAUCCCCGUUCAAUCCGGAAACUCACUGGAAGCAAGCAGUGUUGUAUCUUCACGAGCCCGUUGAUGUGAUCCAGGACACGAAGAUCACAGGGGAGAUAACCAUGUACCCCUCUGAGGAAAGUUCCAGACACAUAUGCGUCCACGUGGACUACACAAUAGGAGACCUCAAAAAGAAAUCCAAGACUUUUUCCAUUCCUGACGGCUAUGCAGAUGCUCAGUGAACAAAAUUAUUUUUUAAAAGCGUGUUUACUUUGUGUUCAUGUCAACCGUUUAUGAAUGUGUGCUGUCAAACAUUUGAAAAGUGCAGCUCUGACUUCAAAAGUAGAAAAGAGCAUUUUACCUGCAAAUUAUGUAAUGCGUUAUAUUAGUUUGUGAACAUUUGAAUUCUGAUUAUUAUUACUAUCUUUGUUUAUUUGUAAUGUAUGUUAUUCAUAUAAGUGGAUUUGUGAAGGUUUUCUUAAGUAAUGCUCUAACAAUUUCUUAUUUGGGAAUAUUUAAAAUUUAUCUCUUGCUGUACAAGUUGUUGAUGCCUGUUCAACCCUGCAUAUUGUACAGUAGAUACCUUGAAAUAUUCGUCACAAAAACAGGAACCAAAACUUGCCUUAUCUAAAAUAUAUUGCCUUUUUUCUACCAUUUCACUGUAAAUGCUUUGAUAUCGGCACAUCUUGAGUUGUGGCAAUGACACACAUUACUCUGUAAUGGUGGCAAGAUUAAAUAACUUGACAAUUUUGUUUACUACUGA